CCUAUGUUGAAAAUCCAGACAUUUCGAGGCCAUGAGACAUUGCAUGAAUAAUAUACUACUUGUUUUGAAGCAGUUUGCCAAUACUUUGCUCACAAGUCACACAUUUCCAUUACAGUGUUGUAAUAAUUGAUUGAACGUACUAACGUUUCUGUUCAAUUGUUCCAAUAGCAAGUCAACAGAAUAACAUUUUUGCGACUGAAAAUCGUCAGAACUGAGUCCUACUUCCCUGCACUCCUUAUCUUGAUCAUGUUCCUUGGUCUUUUAGAAUAUGAGGUAUUUUAUAUUCUGCUUAAAAUUGCUUCAUUGUCGAACUUUUGAAAAGGCCAAGCUUUGUCUUAUCAACUUGAUAAAACAAGUUGGCUAAACUGGAUCAAGAUUACUUAUGUUCCCUUUGAAGAUCUGGGUUAGAUUUGGUCUUCUUCAACCCAUGCUUGGUGCAAGAAGUGGCUAACGGGAUCAGAGAGAGCCUUGAUGGAGAGAGAUGGAGAAGCAGUACUCCGUGCAGUUCUUUGCCUCCUUUGUGGAGCAGCUUCAGGACGUGUGUCGCAACUACCUCCACUUCAGUCAGUUUGUGGAGGUCAGUGGCUAUGUAUGUGUGGAGAUUGACAACAUGAAGAAGGAGAGAUACGUCCUCAGUGAGCUGCUACAGAGCAGUGGUAAUGUGGUCAGUGAGAGCUACUGUACAAAGGCAUUUGAGACAAGUGGAAGAUCUAAGCCUGUUGCGCAAUAUGCUCACAUGGACUCUGACAGAGAUCGUGAACAAAUAAACAAGGAAAAUAUGUUACGACGAAAUCAUAGAAAAAGACCCUGUCCUAAUCCUGUGUUGUACAGCAGUCGGGAUACCUUGGAUUCAGGACAAUACACUCACUCUCCAAUCCUUGGUGAGGAGGAGGCAUCAAAUGAUGCUUUUUCACAGCCAGUUGAAGUUAAAUUCCAGAAAACUCAAAAUGUUGGUCUUGUAAGACAGUUCAACAUCACAAAACCAGCAACACAACCUUUACCUACCAGUAUUCACCAUGAUCCAAUUUAUCCUACAUCAUGUGAAGGUCCUUCAGCUGAAAGAACAGACGAUUUUGAAAACUGUUAUCAACCUACGAUAUCAACGAGUACUUCACCGUUUGUUUGUGGAACAUCUACUGAAUCUGGUCCAGCAGCUGAAAAUCAUUGUCUUGGUCCAGACUUCAUGGCAAAGCCUGCAGCUGCUGAUAAAACUGUAGAGAACAAAGAGGUCCUUGUGACUAUACCCCAGAGAACAUCAGAGGAGACACACCCCGAGUCGGUUGUGUCUGUUACAGAAGCUGAUGAAGUUAUAGAUCUCGAUCUGUUUGAGGAUGACCUGGAACUUGAUGAGGAGAGCUGUCAAGCUGCUCCAGGGAUAGCUUCAGUUCAUACUGCAGGCAUAGUUCCAAACAGGAGGCUCCAUUUGAGCCCAGGAACACAGGUGCUUGUCAGAAAUUCGGUGAAUCAGUUCAAAAGGUUUCUGUAUGAGAAAUAUCAAGAAGACAUUGAUUUAGUUUUAUGUCCUCCAGAGAAACUGAACAUGCUACUGUUGGAUUAUUUGAGGGAGGCAAGGAAAGUUGACGGGGGUGAACUGAAGGGUCGGUCAUUGAAGUGUGUCCAGGAACGUCUUGAUAUCUUCUUAAAGGAUGCAGGCUACCCUUAUUCAAUCACCAAAGACAAAGAGUUCCAGUUAUCCCGAGAUUACCUCAAGAGGAAGAUCAUAGAGGAUGGGAAGAACGUGUCCCAGAAACAUUCACCAGUGGACAGUAACGACAUCGAGUUGCUCUUCCAGACUUGCCAGCUAGGAGGACACAGUUUGGAAACACUCAUCAACAGCAUGUGGUUCCUCAACUCCAAGUUCUUCGGACUCCGAGGCCCGGCCUAUCAUGUGGACUUGAAGUGGGGUAAUAUUGUCCUGAGGACUAAUCCUGAGGGUCAGGAAUAUCUGGAGCGGAAGUUGAAUGAUGCUUUCUCUCUCAAGGUUUAUGCAAAACCUGAUGAUCCGUCAAGAUGCUUUGUCAACAUGUACAAGCAAUACAGAUAUUUGAGACCAAAGAUAGCUUUGGAUGAAGGGUAUUCAUUUUAUUUGAAGCAUAGUAGGGCCACCGGCCAAGACAGCAGGUACCUUCCGGAGCCGAUGGUUUAUCAUCAAUUCACAAACAUAUGGAGGAAGAUCGUUGUUGCUUCAGGUCUGCCGCUGAAGAAGAAGAUCAUGUGAACUCUCGCAUAUAUUUCUGUUUACUGGGUUUACGGAUUCACCGACACUAAACAUUGGGAAUGUGGAAGACAAUACAUUCUAGUUUUACGAUUUUUGUAUUACCGUAGAAAGUAAAGGAUUAAUUAUAUUUUCAUUUCGAUCAGAGGUAAAUGAAAGAAAUAUGUAACAAACUUAUAGGAAAAGGCUUGCAGAGGGUUUUUAUGCAGGACUGUUUGUAUAGUCAGUUUUAUAACACCAACACUUACACAAACCCUCCAAACAGUGUUUUAUGCAGGACUGCUUGUAAAGUUAUCAGGGUCAGAAUAGGUCUUCAGCAACCCAUGCUUGCUGUAAAAGGCGACUAUGCUUGUCGUAAGAGGCAACUAACAGUAUCGGGUGGUCAGGCUCGCUUGACUUGAUGCAUGUCAUUGUA